GGAGGGUUUUUCGAUUCCAUUUUACUCCUCCGAUUCCUUCGCUUUCACUUCAUUUUCUCAACAGAAUCGUAUUCCCUGUAAUCUCUUCUCUCUAAAAUUUCAUUGCUUGACGCUUUCCCUGGAAUUUGUAUCAGACUAUGAGUCCUGUCUGAUCAUUGCAAUUCUUGCGCUUGAUUUCAAUUCCGCCUUCAAAUUUAGGGUGGUUUUAAAUCUUAAUUCGGGAUCUACGACUUCAGUUCUGAUUUCUUUGUUUUCACUAAUGGAGAAGAGCAAUUCAUUUAAGUGUCAAACGCAAGAAACGAAUUCGCAGCAUCCAUGGACUGGAGAUUUCGGAUUCGGUGCAAGCGAUCGUAGGUACACUUAUUGGCGGCAGUCUUCAUUUCAUCAUCAAUCAGCUGAGCCGCACACUCCGAUUUCUAUUAUAUCGAAUGAUACGACAAGACCUCUGCUUUCGCGCGCUGUUUCGAGCAUAGAUGUUCCACCGGAGAUUUACUCCGACGACUACGAAAGCGAAAGCAUUUAUGAGGAGGCAAAAGACUCCAUGAAAGAGAAGAACACAUUAUCAGUUUUGUGUUCCCUGAUAUCGAUAUUUAGGGUGGUAAGGUCCGGGAAUAGGCAUAUGAAGAGGCUUUUGGUGAUGAUUUCGCUCAAUGUUGCAUAUUCUACUGCGGAAUUGGGAAUUGGGCUGUUCACGGGGCGUGUUGGGUUGGUAUCUGAUGCAUUUCAUCUGACAUUUGGUUGUGGUCUCUUAACGUUUUCUUUAUUUGCCAUGGCUGCUUCUCGGGGAAAGCCUGAUCGUGUAUACACUUACGGGUACAAAAGGCUUGAAGUUUUGGCUGCUUUCACUAAUGCUCUGUUUCUUUUGUUCAUGUCAUUUUCCAUAGCAGUGGAGGCACUCCAUGCAUUCAUACAAGAUGAAUCUGAGCACAAGCAUUAUUUGAUUGUUUCUGCAGUGACAAAUUUAUUCGUAAAUCUUAUUGGUGUUUGGUUCUUUAGGAACUAUGCCCGCAUUAACCUUGUUUACAGAAAAGCAGAAGAUAUGAAUUACCACUCAGUUUGCUUGCAUGUCCUUGCUGAUUCCAUUCGUAGUGCAGGUUUGAUAUUGGCAUCCUGGUUUUUGUCCCUUGGGGUUGACAAUGCUGAAGUCUUGUGUUUGGGACUAGUCUCGGUUGCAGUUUUUAUGCUUAUCAUGCCACUCUUUAAAUCUACUGCUGGCAUCCUACUUCAAAUGGCGCCACCUAGCAUUCAUUCUUCUGCAUUGAGCAAAUGCCUAAGACAGGUUACUGCUCGUGAAGAUGUUAGUGAAGUGUCUCAAGCUCGUUUUUGGGAAUUGGUGCCUGGUCAUGUUGUUGGUUCACUUUCAGUUCAGCAGGUGAAGGAGGGGAUGGAUGAUAGACCAACAUUACAGUUUUUGCAUGGUCUGUAUCAUGAUUUGGGCAUACAGGAUCUUACAGUACAGACUAAUUAUGAUCAAGGCCCAUCUUCCCCAUUUUUUGGUUGAGAGUUGUGAAGAACAGCUUCAGAUUGAAGUCCUUCAUUUGUAAUUUUUAUCUUUGAUCUCACUCGAUAGAAAGAGACCUGUUACCGAUUGAGGGGAAUUUUUUAUUUUCAUUUAUUUUAUUAUUAUUUUU